AAAUAAAAAUCGAGGUGUGGUAGAAAUUACGUAUGAAGACAGUGUAAAGUGUAGUAGGCCUUGCAAUUGGGCCCAAGUAAUAUAUCAGUGGGCUCUGUAACUUUUAAGAGGCCGUGGGGAAGGUUUAUGGGCGUAAUUUAGCAAUCAUGUGACUCCACCGACGCCGACUGCCCAUCCAAUUACGGAACUUGUAGCAGCUGGCAUGGGAAAUCAAUGAUCUGAUCACCCCAUGUGGUGCGACGUCGUUGGGGCGUUAGUUGUCCUCUUCCUUUCUGGACUAGUCAAAGCAGCGACAGCUGCACCGAUCAUGGCGCCAGCACGCACAUCCAUGCCCCGCAAAAUUCGGAUAUAGUUAAUUAUCAACUAGUGGCUGUUUGCCCAUUGUUUAGGCGCAGUCAUUUACGACUCCCCGCCAUUGAAUUAUGUCAAUCCGACGGUCCCUUCCGUUCCGGUGCAUUUGAUCGUGGUGUGCCCCACCGCAUUGAAUUGUUGUCCUUCAGAAGACAAGGGGACAGUCUCCACAGUUCCCAAAUCUCAAGGUCUUCUUUCGCCAAAGGGUGUCAACUUUGAAGCAGUUGCUGCUCUGAUGUCUGUGAAGAGAGAAAUGAGAGAUGAAAGUCAUGUUCUUGAUGGAUGGGAUAUCAACUCUGUCGAUCCUUGUACAUGGAACAUGGUUGGCUGCUCUCCAGAGGGCUUUGUUAUUUCGUUAGAAAUGGCUAGUAUGGGAUUAUCCGGCACACUUUCACCAAGUAUUGGGAAUUUAACUCACCUUCGAACAAUGUUAUUACAGAAUAAUCAAUUGUCUGGAGUCAUUCCCAUUGAGAUUGGAAAGCUUUUUGAAUUACAAACACUUGAUCUUUCCAGUAAUCAGUUUGAUGGUGAAAUUCCAAGCUCUCUGGGUCGCGUAACUCGGCUUAGUUACUUGAGGCUGAGCAAGAACAAGUUGUCUGGACAAAUUCCAAGAGAUGUCGCCGACCUCACAGGUCUUUCUGUCUUGGACUUAUCAUUUAAUAACCUAAGUGGCCCUAUACCUAAGAUACUUGCUAAAGACUACAGUGUUGCAGGGAAUAUCUUUCUGUGCUCUUCAGCCUCACAAAUUUGUAUGGAUGUUCCAAAACCAGUGAAUGAAACAAGUUCAUAUACAAAAGUAAGCCAUCAUCAUCAUUCGGUGAUUGCUGUUAUAGUUGGAGUUAGUUGCGCAUUUGUUGUUUCUGUCUUACUGCUCAUGUGUUGGGUGCAUUGGUACAGAUCUCGUGUUCAAUUUACAUCAUAUGUGCAACAAGAUUAUGAGUUCGAUAUUGGACACUUGAAAAGGUUUUCUUUACGUGAGUUACAAAUAGCAACGAGCAACUUCAAUCCUAAAAACAUACUUGGACAAGGAGGAUUUGGAGUUGUCUAUAAAGGUAUUCUCCCAAAUAAGGCCAUAGUAGCAGUUAAGAGAUUGAAAGACCCUAGUUUCACUGGGGAAGUGCAGUUCCAAACUGAAGUUGAGAUGAUAGGCUUGGCUUUGCAUCGGAACCUUUUACGUCUGUAUGGCUUCUGUAUGACUCCUGAAGAAAAGUUACUUGUGUAUCCUUAUAUGCCUAAUGGGAGUGUUGCAGAUCGUUUGCGAGAUCCUGGUCAGGAAAAGCCGACUUUGGAUUGGAGCAAACGUAUGCGUAUUGCUGUUGGAGCAUCUCGUGGUCUUCUGUAUUUGCAUGAGCAGUGUAAUCCAAAAAUAAUUCAUAGGGAUGUCAAAGCUGCAAACAUCUUGCUGGAUGAAAGUUUUGAAGCUGUUGUAGGAGAUUUUGGUCUAGCUAAGCUCUUAGAUCCUAGGGAUUCACAUGUAACAACUGCGGUCCGGGGCACUGUAGGACAUAUUGCACCCGAGUAUCUCUCAACUGGCCAAUCUUCGGAGAAAACAGAUGUCUUUGGUUUUGGGAUACUGCUUUUGGAACUCAUAACAGGGCAGAAGGCUUUGGAUGCUGCUAACAGUCAGGUCCAGAAAGGAGGAAUGAUGCUCGAUUGGGUUAAAACUCUGUAUGGGGAGAAGAGACUGGAAGAGCUCGUGGAUAAAAAUCUUAAGGGAAAUUUUAACUGGCAUGAAGUGGAAAAGGCAGUUGAACUGGCUCUAAAAUGCACGCAGUCGAAUCCAGACCUCCGGCCUAAAAUGUCAGAAGUGUUGAAGAUCUUGGAAGGAAUUAACGGACACACAGAGCAUCCUGAACCACAAGGUGGAGUGGACCUCUGUCAAGGCCAAACAUUUAGUUUCACUUGGAAUUUUAGUGAUGCCCGGGAGGAGUCGUCUGUCGUUAUUGAGGCCAUAGAGCUUUCAGGGCCUCGAUGAUGUUUCGGUACUGUAAGAGUGUAGAUUCCUUCCUCCGCGUCUGAGGCAUUGCGAUUGGAGUCAGAUUUAAGGCAAUCGUUUCAGUUCAUUUCGAGGCCUUCCAAUUUCGAAAUGCCUAAUCUUAGUGUAAAUAUUACAUCUAUUCCAAGAUAUUUUAGCCAUUGAAAGCAAUUUUUGUAGUUUGUAUUAUUGCUUAAAUUUAGAAAUGCAGUUCAAGUUUUAUAUC